AUGCGCCUCGCCGCGCGCUACGGGCCUGUGUUCUCCCUCCGGCUCGGCUCGCGCGACGCCGUGGUCGUGUCGUCUACAGACUGGGCUAGGGAGUGCCUCACAGAGCACGACGUGACCUUCGCGAAGCACCCGACCUUCCCCACGUUGGAUCUCAUGACCUAUGGGGGCACCACGAUCGGCACCCGCGCCUACGGCCCGUACUAG